AUUUAUUUAUUUUAUUUUGGUUUGUUCUGGUUCUUGUUGUGGGUAGAAAACUCUGGCUCACACUCCAACCCAGUAGGUGGCGGUAAUGCACCAUAUCGCUGGUUGCCAUCCGCUUGGUCCAGGUCAACAUGGCGGCGUCCGAGCUAUCCGCGAACAGCGACACAAACAUCCCGGAUUACGAAUACACCGACGUGAACACCAAGGCGUUUCAUGUCGGCUCGUUCAGGAACGAGUGGCUGAGCCGACUGAAGCCCGGCGACUGCUCCUACCGGCGGGAGGACGAGGACACGUUCGACGCCAACUUUGCUAAAGAGCUGGGGGUCGAUGCGGAAACGAUGGCCGAACUGAAAACCGUCUGCAGUCUGGAUUCACUCCGUUGCCACCCUGAGGAUCAGCAGCCUGACACGGAUGUUGUACCUCCAGACUCGACACUUAAAACACUGGUACAGAGGAGAAAGAGACAAGAUUACAGGGCUUCUCUGAAAUACAGCAAGAAUCGACAUGAGCUCUACGCAGAUGAGCUGGAGCGUUUAACAUUUGGGAGGAAACCAGAAGCAGUGGUUGACACGGUGCCGGAAGGAGAGGUCAUUCUGACCAUCAAUGUCUACUACCCCGCCGUUUAUGAGACGUACAACUACAUCAGACCCCACACGACUCUGCUGAUGACAGGCUCCCACAGCUUGGCCGAGCUCAGGGACGCCAUUUGUUGUGUCAGCGACUUGCAAGUGUGUGGAGAGUUCAGCAACACGCCUGACAUGGCUCCAGACUUCAUCAGCAAAGAUCAUUACAAGUCGGCUUUCUUUUUCUUUGAAGGAGUUUUCUACAACGACAUGCGAUUCCCUGAGUGUCAAGACAUCAGCAUGACGACCAUUGAAUGGGCAAAGUCCCACAACUUCCCAGCAUACAGCCAGGCCAAGAUGGAGGACACACGGUUUGUGGACCUGAAUGUCAAAGUGGGCUUCCCGUACCUCUACUGUCAUCAGGGAGACUGCGAACAUCUGGUCAUCAUCACAGACAUCAGACUGUCGCAUAUGAACGACUGUCUUGACAAGAAGUUGUACCCACUUCUUACUCACAAGCACAGGGUUACAACCCAGAAGUGUGCAGUUUGCCAUGUCUUCAUUGGAAGAUGGUACACCACCAACGACCAAUUUGCUCCCAGUGACCCGUGUCUCUUCUGUGACAAGUGCUUCCGCAUGCUUCACUACGACGCUGAGGGCAACAAGCUGGGAGAUUUUCUGGCCUAUCCCUACGUGGACCGCGGCGCCUUCAACUGAAGCUUUCCUUUUCGUAAAUUGCUAAGAUCACUGAUUUAAUGCUGUAUAAUACAGUAAAAAUAUCUUCGUAUUUCACAAAGAAAUGUUUUAAGGAUUUAAGAACAUUUGUUUUUUUAAUGUUCUGGUGUUUUCAGAUUUCUGUUUGAAAUAAAUGGUAACAUUUAUUGACUCAA